UAAAGCUUACACUUUAUUGUAGACAGAAAUGCGUUGACUGGAGAGUGGAUAUCAACCAAACUAGCUUAGCAACUCGUAUUUAUUUAUUGAUUGAUAUUGCGUCUCAACGUGAAGAUUUUUCAAAAUUUAUUUAAUGUAUCAGCUUUCGUUCUUAAAGUGGACAUUAAGCAGAUUGUCAUUUUUUCAAUGCAAUUGAAUUGUGACAAAAUCUUUUAGACUAAAAAAAAAAAUUCAAUUAAUUAAAAAUAAUUUAAUUGUAAUCUAACUGUGCCAAGAGAAGAAAAAAAAACACAAUUUGUUUCUAAACACAUGAAUCAAAGUUUGUUUUUUUAAAUCCGCCAAGUUCUUUGUGAAUCAUGUUGGGAAUCAAAUAUUUUGUGACCUCAAGGAUUGUUUUAUUAUUACUUCGAAGGAACAAGAUCACUGCAGUGUGUUUGUGUGCUACUGCCUUGUUUGUAUUUGGUCUUUCAUGUCCCCAGACUUUGCUAACAGAGUUCUCGUUAAGAUUUAGCAACAACAACACAUAUCGAAUCUUUCCCUCUAGCCAUGGAGGAAGUCGAGCUAACUACAGCUUUCCAAACGUAGACUGGUUUAUUGAGCAGUACCAAAACAGAUCGGAUCUUAGAGGAACUUUUUUUGAGGUGGACAAUGUCCAGUCUUACCACAACUUCCUGACCAAGAUUAAUACGAUAAAGAAAAAGGGCAAAAAAUUAUCUUCGUCUAAUUCCCUAAAUGGCACCCAGCCUUUUGAAAUAUUUAUGAAAAAUGUCAACCAGAACUACCUCUAUCACCCAGAUGAUCUCAUAAUAUGGAAGGUACUUAGAGAUUUGAGAACAAGGCCAAUAACUAAAGUUGAGAUGAAUCCAGGAAGCUCUCAUUUAGUCUUGAGAAUGAGUCUUGAUAACGGAGGCAUGGCGAUUUUUAAAGUCCAGAGAACUCCCAAAGAUCAGGAAGUACAUCCAGAUCUCUUUUUUAUCAGAGAAAUGGAAAGACCUAAUGCAGAGGUAGCUGCCUUCUACCUGGACAGGUUGCUUGGUUUCUAUCGAGCACCUCCAAUUGUGAGUAGAUCCUUAAAUAUAACGAGAGAUAUUGUACCUUUUGGUGAUAAAAGAACAAUUGUUGACACUGUUCACAGAUCACCUGCUGGAAAUGUUUGCUUUUUUGGAACCUGUCUGGACUAUUGCAGUCUGCACACACCGGUUUGUGGUAAGCCAGAUCUAAUCGAAGGAGCUGUUUCCAUGUAUCUAACCGGUGCCUCGAUAGAGACAAUCCAGACUCCUUGGGGCCGUUAUAUUCCUCCUUUUUGGAAGACAAGGUGGGAGAAGGAUGACACAUUUUGUGACACGGACGUCAAGACGAACAGCAACUACUCCAUGAGAACAUUGCUUAACUAUAUGGAUGUUUCCGUAAUGGAUUUCCUGACUGGUAAUUUAGACAGGCAUCACACCGAGGUGUUUAAAGAGUUCAAACAAGAAACUUUCUUUAUUCAUUUUGAUAAUGGAAGAGGGUUUGGUAAAUCUAAAUACGACUGUUGGUCGUGUAUGGCUCCAGUGCGUCAAUGCUGUUUGAUUCGUCUGUCCACUCUGGCUAAACUGCUGAAACUUUACAUCGGACCAGACAGUCUUAGUCAGGUGCUCAGAGAGUCCCUUAAAGCCGAUCCGUCCUUUCCUGUACUUUGGGAACCUCAUUUGGACGCACUCGACCGACGUCUGGGAAAGUUGUUAAGUGCGAUCAGUGACUGUAUCAAUGUAAAGGGCAAAGCUUGGCAGGAUGUCGUCAUUGAUGAUGGCCUUAACUAGAAAAUUAAAGGAAUGUUUAAUUAAAAACAAAACAUUUUGAUCUACAAAGAAAUAAAAUAUGUACAUAGAACGA